AUGCAGCUAGCAGGUGUAAAGCCAGACUCGACAACCUUUUCCAGCCUCCUCCCAGCGUGUGCCAAAAUGGGAGCUUUAGAACAGGGUAUGAACCUCCAUCAAGACAUAAUUGAAAGAGGAUUGUGGUCAGAUGUCUCAGUUGCCAACGCCCUGAUAGACAUGUAUGCAAAAUUUGGAAGGAUACACAAGUCAUCUGAAAUAUUUGACAAAAUACUUCAAAGGGACAUGGUCUCGUGGAAUUCAAUGAUUGCAGGAUAUGCACAAAAUGGGUUUGUUGAAAAGGCUAUAGAAACCUUUAAUCAAAUGCUAUUGGCCGAUAUAAUGCCAGACUUCACAACCUUUGCCAGCAUCCUACCGGCCUGUCCAAAAAUGGAAGCUUUACAACAGGGAAUGAACCUUUAA